CCCAGCAGCAGAUCGUUAACUGGUUUCCGGUCUGAAGGGCUAGCUGAUUUACAUUAGCAGAAGUCAGUCGGAACGGAUUAGCUAGCUCGCUAGCAUCUGAAACGUCUUUAGAUGCGGGAGUUUCCGCUAAAUUAGCUCCUGUGUAUAGCGCACUUUGAGCAAGUGUUCGAGCUGAAAGCCCAUCGGUUGCCAUGGCAAUCCUUUUUGCUGUGGUGGCUCGAGGAACCACCAUCCUGGCCAAGAAUGCAUGGUGUGGUGGGAACUUCCUGGAAGUAACUGAACAGAUCUUGGCCAAAAUCCCCUCUGAGAAUAACAAACUGACCUACAGCCAUGGCAGCUAUCUCUUUCAUUACAUCUGCCAUGACAGAAUCAUAUACCUGUGUAUUACCGAUGAUGAUUUUGAGAGAUCACGUGCAUUCAGCUUCCUCAGCGAAGUCAAGAAGCGUUUUCAGACUACAUAUGGGUCUCGAGCUCAAACUGCUCUGCCCUACGCAAUGAACAGUGAGUUCUCCUCAGCACUGGCAGCUCAAAUGAAACACCACUCAGACCCACGGGGUUCAGAUCGUGUCACGGAAAGUCAGAUGCAAGUGGAUGACCUGAAGGGCAUUAUGGUCCGCAACAUAGAUUUAGUAGCUCAGAGAGGAGAGAAGCUGGAGCUGCUGAUUGACAAGACUGAAAAUCUAGUCGAUUCAUCAGUCACAUUUAAGACCACAAGUCGUAACCUUGCUCGAGCCAUGUGUAUGAAGAACCUCAAGCUGACUGUGGUCAUUGUGCUGGUGUGCCUGGUUGUCCUUUACACUAUUGUCUCUGUUGCCUGUGGAGGCCUCAGCUGGCCCAGUUGUGUCAAAUGAGUGGAGAGCAUGCGAGAGAUAAGGAUGAGGGGGAGAAGCACCUGUACAACUCUGCCUGCCAAUGGACACAAAAAGAAACACUGCUCUCAUUGCUUUACUCCUUAAGCUUCAACAUCAUUGGAAGACAUGUGAAGCUGCACCUCCGACUGCAUCUUUCCUUGACCCUUCUUUGAUAGUGUGCACAUUUACUUGCUUGCUGGAGAGGGAGUCCCACUUCAUACCCACACUAAUCAGCAGUGUGACCCAAAACUGAUGUGGAACAAUAAUCCAAUAGUCUUAUUCUAGUCUGGUACAUUCAUCCUCCCCUUUACACUUAGUGGCCUCAUGUAUCAAUUUGUGAUACUGUCCUGCACACGUUUAUGUAAUGAAUCACUUCAGACUAAAACCUGUGUGAACCACAAACACAACACAGACUAUUUAACACAACAGAUGGAGUAUAUGGAUUGCCUGGUUUACAUUAUAUUUAAUACAAAGCACAGCAGUGUCAUUGAAAGUGGAUGUAUAACACUUCUGCAGAUAAGACCAUCACAAAAAUAAUGUACAAUUGUACAUUGGAUUGAUAAUAUUGAUUCCAAGACUUAAUCACAUGUUUAAAUUGAAAGAUCUCCUUGUCUUUCAUGCCUGUGGAUUUCAUUGAAGACUUGAUUUUGCCUUUUACCUCUAGUUUGCCCAUAUGUCUCAGUGCACUUUUACUACAUUGUACAUACAUUUUGCUUCUUGGCAUCAUAUAGUUUAUAAUCAUGUAAUUAUUUAAUUAUUGUACAUUCAGAUUUGAAAUAAUAAACUCUCAUGGUAUCAA